ACAAAUCAGUCUUCAGACUGAAAACCACAUCAUUUACUUUAGGUGCAGUGCCCCACACGCUAAUUUCAUAAGACAACAGUGCGUGAAAAAAUGCCAAACAAGCCAACACUUUCGUCUUUAGAUCAACACAAUCAAAGAUGCUUGUAGAUCACAACAUGCUGAACUAAACUUUUUUAAUCAGUCUAUUUACACUAGAAAUCAAGGAGUCUCCUCUUGCUUCUGUCUGAUGGUCAUGCAACCCACAUGAAUAUAAAACUGACUGAGGUGCUUAGAGCAGAAAACACAUCUCCAUCACUAAAUUGUCUCCACAUUUUACAUGUCUCUUGCAGUCAUGAGAUAAAACUUGCUUUGCACAAGCAUUUAGUAGUAUGACAGAGAAAGAAUAUUAAAAGUGUAUCCAAAACUGACUUCAGUAAUAUUCUUAGAGCGGCAAAGAAUAAAAGAAUCUUCCAAACAACCCAAUAAGCAUCUGCAAAUAUGGAUUGAGAUUAAGACUCAAUUAUUGUUCAAAAUAGGGCAUCAUCCUCUUCUCACAUUAGGCCCUACCGAAGACGACCAUUCUGUAGUACAAGGACUUACUGUAGUAGGAGCUUGGUCUUCCACAGAACCUGUGCUUGCUGUUGUGCAUUUACUGGAGUACCCAAAUUUUUGAAUAAACUGCUGACACUUCUGCAAAGAAGCCCAAAGAGCAGUCCUCAAGUUAAGAUUUGAGGAACUUAAAACUCCUUGAGGAAAUAUUGUCACUCUCAACAUAGGGAAAAAAACGGACACCAAGGUGAUGAAACAGCAGUACCAAUUAGCCUACAGUUCUUUAGAUACGUAUGCUCAAAAAAUAUGAGCUGGACCUACAACCUGAUAUGACCAAAUCUGAAAUUAAAAAGUCCAAGACGGCUACCAAAACUGUUAUGAAGAAGAAGAAAAGCAAACAUUACAAAAUCAAGAAGUUAUGCAGUGUUUCAUGAAAAAACAUACUAUUUGGGACGAUGCAAAAGUCGUUCUACAAUAUGAUGACGAUAAAGAUUUAAUGGAAGUUGGGAUGAGGUUUUUCAAGUGAUUAGGAGCUGACAGAUAUUGGUGUCUAUUGAAAGACAUGCAGCUGUUGCAAAAUCCUACUUGAUUUUUGGGCCAAUCAAUAGAGAGUUGCUCGAAACCUUUAAUGUUGAAGACAUUGAUGAUGUGUACCAACUCUACAGAAAUGUGAGCAAGUAUCAUAAUGAGUGCUUUAAAGAGAUCACAUAAAAUUGUUUAUAAAAAAUAUUUAUCAGAAUUAUAGCGAAAGUCACAUUCUUGUCUGAUGAUCACACCAUUUUUUAAUGAAAGAAAACGUUCCCAUGGUUUGUAAGUACAAUUUAUCUCACCUUAACUACCUAUUCGCAAAGAUUUCACGAUAGAUGCAACGUUUACUGCCACAGAAACGGAGGCCGAUUAUAUCAAAACCAUUACACAAAUCGUAAUAGCUUGGCGGUUGAAUAUAAUCUAACUCGUAGUUCCGUAUAAGUUACACAAAAGUUAGAAUCGGUUAUAUCAAAGAGACUGCACAAAUCGUAAUAGCUUGUCAGUUGAAAAUAGUCUAAUAGUUCCAUAUAAGUUACACAAAAGUACUAACUGCACAAAUCUGCUGAUUGUUUGUACCACAAACUCGGCUAUUAAAACUUUGGUUUUUUGAACAACGACAGUGCGUCGCGUUUUGAUACUAUAACACAUCAUCUCCGCACAGAGAGCUGUAAAUGCACGAGCUUGUGCAACCACGAAGUUAUAAACAGCUGUGUCUAACCUAUAAAUGUAUCUGAGUGACAGUACAAUGGUGAGACGUCCCAUAAUCGCAAAAAUCGCCAAAGAACACACUCAUUUGAAAAAUUUUCUGUUCCAGACAUACUAGGAUAUUAUUUUUGAAAACACAAUUUGGUUUACGAAAACAAUUAUUCCUCAGUGUUUUUUUUCUCCGUUCAUAUGCUCCAUAAGGGUUUUUGUUGCUGAUAAAAGAAAAUCAUUUUCAGCUGUACCGUGAUCUACACAAUCACGACAGAAGACACAAAAACAAUUUUCAGUUACUGUUUGUUCACAACGUCUUGAUCCACUAGAACUCCACACAUCUUGAUUGGCUCUCGGCAUUCGGCACAGGUUAGUCGACUUCGGGGCGAAACUGUUUUGUUUUUGGCCACUGCCAACAUUAACGGCCUAAAAACGCAGUACCUCACUCCUUAGUGUACUAAAUAGCCAUUAGCCACUACGAAGAAAGAAGGAAUUGUUCUGCAACGUCGUGCUGAGUCGCAAGUUAAUAAUCUCUUAAUGAGUAACGAAGUGCAUCCUGGCCCGUCGCAAGCAGCACUUUCUAUUCUUUCCAUUCCUCGCAUGAGCAGAAGAUGUACUUUACGGGGUGAAGCCCGACGAAUAAUUAAUAACAUAGUCGAAUGUUGCGAACAGGAAUGCGAAAGAAAAUACCUAUUCCAACCUCUCACUCAAUCGGCGAACCGAACAGCGACGUACACAGGAGCAAGCAUCAGCACCGUAAGAAGAAUUCGGAAAUUUUGCAUAGAAAAUCCUGGGAAAUUACCAGAAACUCCAGGCAAAAAGAGGCCAAAAGCUACUGGGAGAAUCCAAUGGAAUGAAUUUGAUAGGAGUGUUGUGAAACAAACAAUUGAAGACUUCUAUUUGGUGCAGAAGAUCGCUCCCAGUCUGCGGAAACUUCGGCCAAUACUUAAGGAAAAGAUUGGUUGGACAUGGUCUGUUACAUCUUUGAGGAAUACUUUGCUGUCCAUGGGAUUCAUAUGGAAAGAUAGGCAGUAUAAGAGAAGGUUAUUGCUAGAACGUAGUGAUAUUGCUGGCUGGCGGUCACAUUUCAUUGUACAAAUGAGACAUAGUAGAGCAGCAGCCAAAGAAAUAUUCUAUGUUGAUGAAACUUGGAUAGACAGCAAUUUGGCAGUUGGGAAAUGCUGGCCAAAAAAUGCUGCAGCAGGCGUUGCAGGAUGGGGAACUUCCUCUAAAAGACUUAUUGUAGGAAGUGUUGGAUCGAGAAAGGGAUUCAUCAGGGAAGCUCAGCUAAAUUUCUGGGCAAACUCUGCAAAAGGAGAUUACCAUGGUCAAAUGACUUCGGAAAUCUUUGAGAAGUGGUUUGAGACCAUGGUUCUCCCAAAUCUUCCACCAAAUGCAGUCAUAGUGAUUAACAAUGCUCCAUAUCACAACAGGCAGGUGGACAAAACACCCACAUGUUAUCAUACAAAGAUGAGGAUGCUGCAGUGGCUCCAAAAGAGGCACGUCCCUUGUAGUGAAAGCAUGAGGAAACAGGUUCUGUUCUCAUUAAUUCAAGAACACUGCCCUAGUGAGAAGUCAUUUGUGAUUGACGAAAUGGCUAAAGAGAAAGGCCACUUGGUUGUCCGCUUGCCACCACACAACUGUAAUUUGAGUGCAAUGGAAUUGGCAUGGGCGAAAGUGAAAAGAUUGUUUAGGGAGCUCAGUGUUACAAGUGACUUGUUGAAUGAUGAUCUGCUUCAGCUUGUCAGUGAAACCCUUCUGUUAGUUACUGCUGAUGACUGGGAAGGGUACUGCACAAACAUGCAACAACUGGAAGAAGAUUACUGGAGGCGUGACGCUGUCGUUGAACAUGCAAUAGAAGACAUCAUGAUUAACACUGCUGAAUCGGACAGUAGUGACGAUAAUAAGGAUUUAUGCACAGAUGAUGAAUACAAUGAAAGUGAUUCUGAUUGAGUUAUUUGUUUUUGCAAUUCAGCAUUAGAAAUGUUAAUAAAUAUUUAAAUUUGUAAUAAUUUUGUUCGAUGACACAUUGUGAGUUUUACAU